AUGGCCUUCUCUUCACUGACGUCCAAGUGCAGGGUUUUUCGAAGGUAUCCAAUAUCUUCCACAGUCCGCAGUUCUGAACCAGUUCCUGAGGAUGAUGAGGAGCCAUCGGUUAUGUUACCCCCUUGGAUGUUGAACCAGAAGACAAAAAUAUCAUCAAACCAGGAAGAAAAGCCAAAAACUAGAGACAAUGAUUCUGAUGAUGAUGAUGAUGAUGAUGAUGAUGAUGAUGAUGAUGAUGAAGAAGAUAGUAUAGAGAAUCGUCUACCAAUAAGUCAUGAAGUGGUCUUGAAGCAUGGGUCAAAAACAGUAUCUGCAAUCACUCUAGAACCUUCUGGAUCAAGACUAUUGACUGGCAGCUAUGAUUAUGAGCAUUUAGAACAUUGCAGCCUUUUGAAUGUCACCAGAUAAAAUCAGCACAGUACAGUAUUACUGGAGAUAUGAUCUUGGUUACUGCUGGAAAUGCACAGGCUAAAGUCYUGGACAGAGAUGGGUUUGAGGUCAUGGAAUGCAUCAAGGGUGACCAGUAUCUUGCUGAUAUGGCCAUUACCAAGGGUCAUGUAGCAAUGCUGCACUGUGGACGAUGGCAUCCUAAAGUAAAAGAAGAGUUUCUUACUUGCAGUGAUGAUGGUACUCUUAGAUUAUGGGACAUCAACGAUCCAAAGAAGAACAAAAAGGCCAUUAAAACAAAGAACAAAGGAGGCAAAAAGACUAUCCCAACUUAUUGCUGUUACAGUCGGGAUGGCAAGUACAUUGUUGGCGCAUGUCAGGACGGGUCUAUACAGAUAUGGGACACAAAACGGAUGUUUGUGAACACUACGAUGCUUCAAAGAGACGCCCAUGCUUACGGUAGCGAGACAUCGUGUAUUGACUUCUCACAUGCUGGGAACUCCAUUGUGUCUAGAGGAGGUGACGAUACAGUAAAAUUAUGGGAUUUAAGAAAUUUUAAAAAGCCUGUUAAUGUUGCCAACGACCUCUCAAAUCGUUAUACCCAGACGUCUUGUUACUUCAGUCCCGAUGAKAAGCUAAUCGUUACUGGGACCUCGACGAUGAAAGGCGAGGAUAGCGGRAAGCUUGUGUUUUUAGACMGAGAUACCCUGCAAACUGUUUAUCAAUUCAAAGUAGAAGACGCGAGUGUCGUGAGCUCGCUGUGGCAUCCCAGACUGAAUCAAAUUAUCGUUGGUACGAGUUCUGGAACGGUUAAAGUGUACUUUGAUCCUGAACGCAGCACAAAGGGAGCAAAACUAUGUGUUGGUAAAUUGAAGCGACAAAAGGUCCAGCGAGACAUGCCACUCCCUGAACAUAUUAUAACUCCUCACGCGCUUCCGAUAUUCCGUCAAUCACAACCAAGAAAUAUGAAGAAAGUUAAGGAAAAACUACGAAAAGAUCCCACGAAGUCACACCGACCAGAACUCCCCGUCACUGGACCUGGCAAAGGUGGACGCGUUACCUCUGGUAUGUCGUUAUCAUCCUUUGUUGUCAAGAAUCUUGCCCUCGAGAAAGCAGACGACUCACAUCCACGAGAAGCCAUCCUCAAACAUGCCGAGGCAGCAAAGUCAGAUCCGUACUGGGUAUCGCCAGCCUACACAAAAACCCAGCCAGAAACCAUUUUCCAAGAUGUCGAGGAAGAAGAAGACGAAGAGGAUGAAGAAAGUCAGAGCAAAAAGAUUAGGCUAGUGUAAACGUUACCUCGUAGCAGUUGCCAUGGUUACCUCGGACGCCAUAGCAACAGCUUAGCAAACUGCACAUUAUACUCAUGGCAACAGCCAUAAGUAUUUUAUACAUAGUGUAAUCUAUUCUAUUGUAUAAAGCAAUAAACAGAUCAUGUGAUUUUGAA